CAUGUAAUGACAUGACGCAGAUAUGAUAAUAGACAAUCUGUGUGAAGCGUCGAAAAGAAAGGGGCAAUCGUUUAUUUUCCUGACUUUUCGUCCAAAGUUAGGGUUCAAUUUACACAAAUGAUCCACUGGCAUAUAUGUUAACUACCAUACCGUGGAAUUAGUCGCAGAAUAACAUCAGAAGCAGUGGGAAAAUGGAGCCAAGACCUAUUAAUAUGCGAGGAUCCGAACGUAAACCCGAAACUCAAGACCGACUUCGUGUUACGAGAAGUCGAACAGCAGCAGCAGCAGCGGCGAGUGUGAGAAAUUCAGGCGCAACAGCUACAUCAAGUGUUCCGUUGUCGAACAUAACUGCAAGUACAACUUCAAGUAGAUCGACAAAUACAAACAUUGGAAAUGAAUCCACAAGACCAAGGAAACGAGUUAAACUGAACAAUCCUUCAUUUUCCAAGAAUGUCUUCUUGGGUGUUCGUAGUUCUCAACUUGGAAAGCGGCCGGUCAGAUCUGCCACAGAGCUUCCUCGUGAGCUCCUGAUGACGUGCGAGAGCAGGAUCGGUCUUCAGGCUUCCUCCGGCACUCCGUCUCCUGCUACCAUCCCCGUCAUCGCCGCUGAACUCUCUGAAGCAUCCAGGAGUCUGUUGAACACCAACCCAGAGUUACAGCAGUACUACCUCUGUCUCAAGCUACUCAAGAAAAUAACGCAGAGGCUCAUGCUUGAGUCAACGGUAGAGUACCCAGCUGACAGUGGCAAAUUCAAGGAAAGCAAGACUAUUAAUGCAGAAAUAUUCUUACUCUUUGGAGGUGUCGAGGUCACUGUUGAUCUUCUCCUUCAACCACACUUCUACAAGAUAAAAGAGAAGAAAUGUGUGAAAAGCAAUGAAUCUAAACCUGCUGAAGGACCUUCACCAAGCGGUGACACCCCAGCAACAUCUACCACAACCACUCCUGAAGCAUCACCAGCAACAGCAACAACAUCAGCAGCAACAUCAGCAGCAGCAACAUCCACAACUCCAGCUGUGGCUGAGGCUCGAGCUGGAGCUGGAGCUGGAGCUGGAGCAACAGGCCAGGACAACACACCGUCGACUUCAUCAGCAACCGCAUCAUCAGCGACGGCAUCAGCAUCGUCAACGACCGCAUCAUCGUCGUCAUCAUCGGUCACGACGUCGGCAUCGGCCACCCAGCAGGGACCAGGAACGUUCCAGAUUCGUCUGGUGCGAGAGACCUACAUGCCUGGCAGUUUAGGACACCCAGCAUCACAAGAUCCACAAAAAGUUCUGAGACAUAAGAUAGCUUACAAUGCAAUGGAUCUCCUUCACUACAUGUGUCAAAAUAUGGGGACUGACAUGGCAACUCCUCUGUCAGACCAUGAUGACCUCAUAGUCUAUCUCUUCACCCUGCUCACGGAGAAGCAAUGUUUCCUCAAAGCUGCUACACUCAUAGAAGAUAUCCUUGGGGUUAGGACACAGAUGUUCCGACUUCAGGACAUCCCUGAUCUUGAAACGCUCGUCAAGAAGUUUGAGGAGGACCAGCUUGCUAACUUCUGCCGUGUUCUCUCCAUCACCAUCUCCGAGCUUGACCCUAAGGAUGACCCUUGCACCCUGGCUGCCCAGGAUAAGGCUUGCAGGAAUCGGAGUGAAACGCCCAUCUCUGAAGUCAACCAAAAGACAGUAGUAGAGCUUCCAGGCUUUGUGCAGAAAUUGGUCAAGAUCGCCUGCAAGUCAGUUGCCGAGCCCGACGGUGUGACCGACAUGGACACGCUCUUCUCCCAGAUCGAUAGCUGGGUGACCUGGCUCGACAGCUCCCUGGCCUUUGACGCCCUGGCCGAGGUAGCCAACGAGGACGAAGGUGUCUACCUCAACCUCCCCCUCCACGACCUCUCCUUACCCCUCCCAGACUCCCUCAAGACCAUGCACGAGGUAGUCUACAAGGUGGAGGUGCUCCACGUGCUCUGUCUGCUGCUUGGAGGCAAACAGAGGCACAAGGUACAUGAGAUCCUAGCCCAAUACAAGCUGAUGCCUGGACUGAACAACCUGUUUGACAAGGUGAUCUGGAGGUGCAAUCUUAGAGCUCCCAUCCAUGGGGUCAACGAGAACUGUGACUGCAGUCCAGAGGUUGCUCUCAAGGUCCAGUUCCUCAGACUACUUCACACCUAUUGUGAUCAUCAUGACAACAAGUACCUGAUCAUGACCAGACAUGAGAUCAACGAUCUCAAUAGAAUUUCAUCAAGUUCCAACAUUCCCCAGCUAGAAGCAGUCAAGAAGAUCGACAGGACGUUACUGUGCCAAGGUCAGAAGGGUAUCCUCACCAAGCUGGUUGAUGUGAUGAAGAAAGAACCCAGAGAUUCACCUUUCAGGUUCUGGAUGGCCCGCGCCAUAGAGAGCUUCUUGAGAGGCAAGACAUCGUAUGCAGACCAGACUUUCCUUAUCAGAAAAGGACUUCUAGAGCAUGUUGUACAGCACAUCCUGAGCAGUGAUCACCACUCCAAGGAGGUGCUACAGAGCUACUUUGAUCUGCUGGCUGAGCUCAUGAAGUUCAACAUCCUGGCUUUCAAGAGAUUCAACAAGGCCAUCAACUCAGAAGAACAGUUCAUGCAGUUCAUAGAGCUGGUACAUACCCACAUUGUAGACUCUAACAUGUUUGUGAGAUGCCUGGCCCUCACUAUCGAGCACUUUGAGAAGGAGCAGCCAGAAAACUAUGAAUGGGGCAUUCAGUCAUGUCGUCUCCUUCAGUACAUCUCUAAGAGAGAGAACCGUCUCACCUUCCUCUUCAAGCUCAUUAACAUCAUCCAUGUAGAGAUUCUCACCCAGGAGAACGUGAGUUGCUUGAACACCACCGUCAUCUUCCUGAUGUUUGCUGAUCGUAUCGGUGAGCUCUCCCGCUACCUCACCGAUCUGAGGAAAGAAGAACAGAAGCAGUGCAGACCCGGAUUCCUCCUUCAAAACUUCAGGGAGCUGCUAUUCUUCUGGCAAGAACACUAUCUCCACAAAGACAAGGACUGUAGCGCCCUGGAGAAGAGCUCCUGCAUCAGUUUCUCCAAAUGGAAGGACAUGGUCAGUCUACUGGUCAGCGGCAACACCCACUCCUCCUUGACCGUUGCUCACUAUCUGGCCAUGGAUGACCUCUUGCCCUGUACGGAACACCAGCAUGCCCCGAUGCGCACCAGCUGAGGCGAGCCAGCCCCUUAACUUCCAACCCCCCCCCCCCCCCUUGCUUAUGAUUUUUCUUCUUUUCUUGCCUUAUUUGGAGGAAGAGGGCUCCUGUUUGGUAACAACGGGGAGAGGGUUUGUCUGUUACGAUCCAAUGCAUCGUUUCACAUAACCAUCGUAACAUCCCAUUGGAAUGUGCGUUAAUUAGCGUUGAUUUCC